AUGUCAAGACCCAGAUUUACGGGUGAACCCAUCGCACCACCAGAAGUUAGCACUGAUCCAAUAACGCCUGAAUCCAACAAUCGCAAUUUUGCGGGCAACACAUGGGUCAGACGAACACGCCAUAAAGAUGGGUUCACCGCUAAUCCUGAAUGGCCUAAUAAGCCUGAACCACCGUCUACCUCACCUCCAAUGUAUAAAAUGGUUCCUGCCUCUCCAAUUAUUGGAAAGCAGCCAACCGGUUUAGUACCAUAUCAGCUAUUUAAUCAAUCACUGUAUCCAAACAUGGUUAUAAAGAAUGAUCGAGGGAAGGACCCUAAAACAAGGUUCCCUAUGGCAAACUAUAUUGGACCACCCCUGAAUGUUCCCCCAGGGUCAUACAUUCCAGGACCCAUCUUCCCCAUCGCCAAUGUUGGAGUCGACGCGAAACCUAUGUACGAAAACAGGUUUGGAACCCCCUUCAUGCAAGGACCAUACUAUAAGGAGCCACCCAUUCACCCAAUUACUUGUAAGCAGCCACCAAUACACACACCCAAUAUGGACCACAUUGGAUUUGUGAAUCUUUCACAGGUUAAAGGCAUGAGUACUGGAACUAAAAGAAACUAUGAAACAAUGAGCGAGAUCUCUGACGAUCAAGAAUCCUCAGGAUCAGAGAGUGACAAAAAUGAAAGAAACGAUACCACAUCAAAACCCACCUAUGAAAUAAAGUAUUUCACACCAUUUUUACCCAAACCACCUGAAAGAUAUAAAACAGAGUAUGAUUUACACGAGUUGAAGGUCUUUCUCCCACUUGGUGUCAAGGCUUACCUGAAAAAUAUGUCUCUCAACCCCAAACUCUCAAGCUGUUUUGAGACUGGACCUGUUCGCAACGGGAAACUUGUUCUUCUUCUAGAUUUAGAUAACACGUUAUUACAUACUGCAUCACAGAGCAGAUUGGAUAUGCUGAACAUCGACACAAGUGAUUUUGUGGAUUCUUUAGGAGAUCCGGAAUUGUACACAUUUACCCUACCCAAUUUUGCCAAUGUAAAUUAUUACAUGAAGCUUAGGCCUUGCAUAAGGGAGUUCUUGCAAAUACUGUCCCUCUAUUACGAAAUGUCAAUAUAUACUAAUGCGACAAAGGAAUAUGCCGACGUGGUUAUCAGUAUUCUAGACCCAGACAGGUCCCUUUUUAUGGAUAGAAUAGUUGCAAGAAACAGUGUAGAUGAGAAGGAUUUGUUAAAAAGCGCUUCGAGGUUAUAUCCCGAUUUGGAUACCAGGUUCAUACUUGCAUUCGAUGAUAGAAGAGAUGUCUGGUCUGACAUACCACAUAAGCAGGUGGUAAGAGCAGAACAUUACGACUUUUUCGAGUCAUAUAUCACCGAGUUAAACAACAAUUAUUCUAGUUCACCAUCUCCCCCAAAUAAACAGACCCCAGAGUCUAACAGUUUUAAUUCGACGAUCAAUGUUUCCUCGACUAAUGGUGGGAAAACUACCAACGACUACACUUUCAACAUCGAACAGGAGUCUGAAAGUGACCCUGACGUCACCCGCGAAAAGGUCAGUAUUGUUGAUUACGACAGACAUUUAAAGUAUAUGGUUAAGAUUUUCCUCGAGAUACACAAGAGGUUCUUUGCGGACCCUUUUAACAAUGAUGUUGGAUCUAUACUAGAAUCAAUACAGAGUCAGGUUUUGAAAGGAAUUGGAGUUUUGCUUACCGGUUACAGGAAGAAUACAAAGGUUGUCAAUUCUGUUUUACACGCGGAUUGUGAACUGAGGCAAAAGGAAAAUCUUUUGGAGAUGGGUGCCUCGCUAGUACUGAGACUUAAUGAUUCUAAACUAACUCACAUUAUGGCUGGAAAGAACUGCACAGACAAUAUCACCAAAAGUAGAGACCCACAAUACAAUCACAUACAUAAGGUUCACACCCUUUGGCUCUACAGUUGCAGAGCAACUUUCAGUAAAGUAGAUGAGUCGUUGUUCAAAGUAGACGACAUAUGUAAAAUAUAUUCAAACGAGCCUCCUCAACUUCCUAAUAAAGAUCACUGGAAGUUUAUAAAUCCAAACGCAGGUUCUUUCAAGGACACCAACAAAAAUGAUAAUGGGAAAUCUAAGCAAGAGCUACCCACCAGGAUAUUUAUGGGCACUGGAGCAUAUAGCAACGGGACUGAAGUCCUUUCAUCAGUGGAAAAAAUCGUAAUAAGAUGGGAUCCUAGCAAGACCAAGCUUCUUCAAAACUCCAUAUCAGAUAAUUCCAGACAGAAUAAUAAGCAAAAGUCAGAGUACACACCAUUUACGAAUGCCAUAAAUCCAAAUAAAUAUGCAUUUUAA